UCAGGUUCUGUGAUACAUCUCAAAUGUAAUGGUUUAAUUAACUGCUUUAAGUCUCCAUUUAGUUAGAACUCUAGCUGCUGCAUUCUGGACUAACCGGAGCUUGUUUCUGCUCCUACUGGAACAUCCAGACAGUAAGACAUUACAAUAAUCCAACCUAGAGGUAACAAACACCUGCGUGAAAGCUACACCUGUUUUAGAGAUUCACCUUCACUUUGGUGACACAGACCAAGUCCAUAAAAUCAACCACAUCACCGGAGACAAUGAGUGACCUGUUCAUCAUCCCAGGGGCUGUACUCAGCACAGGAAUCAGCUUUGCCUUUUCUGUUAUCAGUUAUAAAAAAUAUCUGCAAUCAAAAGAGAAGAUCAAGAUCCCACAUUUUAAGCCAGGUGAUGACCUGCUGAAGGAAGUCCAGAAGUCUGCCAAUAAACGACUGUAUGCAGCAGUGGAAGGUAAAGUUGAGCCACUGGGUAAACCACUGAAGAGUACGUUUGUGCCCGAGUGCUAUGGAGUCAUACGCAAAGUGACCACCAGAGGGCAGCGGAACCCAGAGCGGGAUGAGGUGCCGUUCUGCCUGUUACCUCGGGGCACUGAGGCGAGGAGGCUGUGGGUCCGAGUGGAGAAUCCACUGAAGGCAGAAGGUGAUUACCUGCAGGAGGUGUACAGAGGUGUGAAGCCAGAGGACAGCAGUGGCUCAGUGCCAGAGCACACAGGAAAAGUCCAGUCGGUGAUGACAGGAAUCGGUGAUGUGGUGAUGGAGCAGGGGAGUGACGAAACCAUGGUACUGGAGCCUCCGAGAGAUGGCAGGAAGUUUUUCCUUUUCUCUGGGAGAUAUGAGUCAGUAAAAAAGAGACAGGAACGAAAGACCUUGACACUGAUGUUGAUGUCGUUCACAUGGGCGAUCACAGGGUGCUCCGUCUUCGGCACGCUGCUUUACACCACACUCAACACGCAGAAGAAGAAGAACUAGACAGAGCUGAAGAGUUGCCAUUACUCCAGUCUUCACUCCUCUCUCACACUCAGAGGGGUGUGGAAAUGAGUCUCUCUUUAUUCUCUCUCUCUCUCACACUCAGAGUGGUGUGGAAAUGAGUCUCUCUUUAUUCUCUCUCUCUCACACACUCAGAGUGGUGUGGAAAUGAGUCUCUCUUUAUUCUCUCUCUCACACUCAGAGGGGUGUGGAAAUGAGUCUCUCUUUAUUCUCUCUCUCACACUCAGAGUGGUGUGGAAAUGAGUCUCUCUUUAUUCUCUCUCUCACACUCAGAGUGGUGUGGAAAUGAGUCUCUCUUUAUUCUCUCUCACACACUCAGAGGGGUGUGGAAAUGAGUCUCUCUUUAUUCUCUCUCUCACACACUCAGAGGGGUGUGGAAAUGAGUCUCUCUUUAUUCUCUCUCUCACACUCAGAGGGGUGUGGAAAUGAGUCUCUCUUUAUUCUCUCUCACACACUCAGAGUGGUGUGGAAAUGAGUCUCUCUUUAUUCUCUCUCUCUCACACACUCAGAGUGGUGUGGAAAUGAGUCUCUCUUUAUUCUCUCUCUCACACACUCAGAGGGGUGUGGAAAUGAGUCUCUCUUUAUUCUCUCUCUCUCACACACUCAGAGGGGUGUGGAAAUGAGUCUCUCUUUAUUCUCUCUCUCUCACACACUCAGAGGGGUGUGGAAAUGAGUCUCUCUUUAUUCUCUCUCUCUCACACACACAGAGGGGUGUGGAAAUGAGUCUCUCUUUAUUCUCUCUCUCUCACACACUCACUCACACUCACACACACACACACACACUCACAGCACUGACACUGGAGACUCCUUCACCACAUCACUCACACACUCACACACUCACACACUCACACACUCACACACUCACACACUCACACACUCACACACUCACACACACACACUCACACACUCACACUCACACACACACUCACACACACUCACAGCACUGACACUGGAGACUCCUUCACCACAUCACUCACACACUCACACACUCACACACUCACACACUCACACACUCACACUCACACAC